AAGCUACCAUUGGUUGAGUAUAAUGGCCGCCGAAUGUUGUGUACCUAUGUGUUAGGAAAUAAUAUAUUUAUAUAUUAAACGGAUAACAACAGUGAAAUUCUAACUUUCUUCUGACCGAAGUGUAUAAGAUAUGUCUGCGUCAAUGUCUACUCCCCAGACCUCAAGUUCAGAUGUCCAGGAACAUAUUGUACGAGUACCCAGAGAAAGAAAGAAGAAGUACAGCAUGAUGAAGAUUGGGAGUGGUGUGGACCUUGACUUUGUCAAACUUCAGCAGGCACAGACAUCAGUGAGGAUAGAGAGAGAAAACAACUUCAAGGAAUUUAAGAGUGCUUAUGACAUUGACACCAUGCCCAAGUUUGGUGCUGGCAGUGAGUUUGGUCGGGAACAGAAGGAAGAAGCACGGAGGAAGAAGUAUGGGAUCCGAGUGAAGAAAUAUAACCCAGAUGAUCAGCCAUGGAUGCUCAAGAUAGGCCAGGGAAAAAAUAUGAAGAAAUACAAGGGUGUGCGGGAAGGAACGAUUGCUGACAACACAUCUUACUACAUCUUCACAAAGUGUCCUGAUGGAGCGUUUGAGGCAGUGCCAGUUGAGGAGUGGAACAAUUACACCCCUCAGAUCAGAUACAAGUACCUCAACUCCGAAGAGGCAGAGGAAGAGUUUAGUCGGAGAGACAAGACUCUGAACUACUUCAACAUCAUGGUGAAGAAGAGGUUACGCAAUGAUGCAGUGGACAUGGAUGACGAGGGCUCUGAGAAGAUGCCCAAGGGCAGCAAGCGGAAAGGGAAGGACUUUAAACUGACAGAUCAGGAAGACUGGGCUGAAUUGUCAGAUGAUGAUGAAGAGGAAGAGGAGGACAGAGAGGAUGGUGAUGCUCCAAAGAACAGGGCCAAAAAAGGCAAGGGAAAGCCAGUCCCAAAGAGGAAAAAGAAUUCUAAACACAACUCUGAUGAUGAAGCUAUUGAGGAGAGCGAUGAAGGCGACUAUGAUGACAGGGAGGUGGAUUACAUGAGUGACUCAGGCAGUGAGUCUGAGGUGGAGGACAAGGAGAAGGGAGACAAAUAUGAGGAGAAGGGAGUGGAUGAGGAGGCAGGCUUGAGGAAACUCAUUGACUCAGGCGAAGAAGAUGAAGAGGAAGAAGAGAACAAGGAAGAAGAGAAUGAUGAUGAGAAGGAGAAAGAUAGCAAGGCCAAAAAGACUGGUUCUGAUAGCGACAGUAGCAGCUCCAGCUCUGACAGCGACUCUGAUAUAGAGAAGGACGACAAGCUCUCCUCAGCUCUGUUCAUGCAGAAAGGCUCUGAGAAGAAAAAAGGUGAUAAAACAGCAUCUCCAAAACCCGAUGAAAGAGGAGUGAAAAGGAAGAUGGAUGGAGAGUCGUCAUCAGUGAAGAAGUCCCGGACAGACAGUCCCCUCACAACACAGGGCAGUGGAGGAUCUAGUGAGGGUAUAACAGAAGAUGCCAUUCGUCGGUACCUCAUGCGGAAACCUAUGACAACCAAAGAUUUGCUCCAGAAGUUCCGGUCUAAGAAACUCAAUAUGACAAAUGAACAGAUGACCCACACUAUUGCCCAGCUGCUUAAAAAGAUCAACCCUGACAAGAAAAUCAUCAACAAAGUCAUGUACCUGUCUAUAAAAUCUGACUGAGAGUUGGUAGUGUGGCAUUACUGGAGCCAUGCUGAUUUGGCAAUACUGGAUCUGUGCUGGUCUGGCAUUAAUUAAGUUGUGCUGGUCCGGCAUUACUGGAUCCAUGAUGGAUUCGCAUUACUGGAGUUGUGCUGGUUCGGCAUUAUUGGAGACAUGCUGGAUAGGCAUUACUGGAGUUAUUCUGGUCCUGCAUUACUGGUUGUGCUGUUUAACCUAAUGAGUUAGUUCAGCAACUCAGUGGUGGUGAUGUCACAGUCAGAUCUUCAAUCAUCUGUGACAAAGCACAGGUGUUACCAGCAUCGGAGAGUGGUGAAAAGAGAACCGCAGUACUAAGCGUGUUUAACAGGAAGACUGGUCACUUGUCUGUUCCCAAGCAGCAGGACAGUUUGCGAGUGUUUUAACACUGCCCAUGUACAUAUGUAAAUAAAACUUUAUAUUCCUAA